AUGGGAACCCUAGUAAAAAAUGUGUACUACUUAUUGCUUUUAGAAAAAGAAAGACUUAUUCGUGCUUUCAAAUGGAAAGAUUCUAUAAGGGUUAAAAUGAAGGUGCCAGCAAGCAAAGAAGUUCUCUUUAGGGGAUUCCCUUCUUCCAGAACAUUCAAGAAAGAAGGCUUGAAUGCCAAAGUUGAGUACUGGGCCGAGCUGCCUACUGAGACAAGAUGGAUACUGAUAGAUCUCUAUGAGCGUAAGGCAAAGUGGGCAAGACUACUUCCUUUCCUAUACAACUACAUUGGAGGCAGGACCUGUGAGACCGGAUUUUCCUCAUUCGAAGCAACCGUCGAUGCUUCACAGCGGUUCUGCGACAGGCAGGGCUUAGGGUUGAGACAGAGGGAAAAGAAGGAGUGGAAGGCGAUGAUUUCACAAAACGAUUCAAAAGUCGUCUACAGAUCGCUGAGGCCUAUUGUUAGUGAUGUGCAGCAACUCCUGAUGUCCCACCACAGCUGGUCGCCACUCUCAAUUAGUGGAGUGGGCAACUUGCUUCGGCUGCUUCCAUUGAUGGAGGCCUGGCCUUCUGAUAGGAUAAAAGGCAAGCGAAUACUAAUCCCUGCAGGGGGCUGGGCAGACACCAUAUACACCUCCUCACACUCUUAUCGAUCCGGCCGACAGAUGCCUGUUCUGCUAAAUCACCCUAUCUUUCUAACUCGUCGUCUUAAGAACUCCGCCUUUUCCGUGGGCAUUUGUACACCAGUGGUUUAG